AUACUUUUCAGGUGGUUUCCGGUCAGGUAAGACAAAUACAAAUCGGAAAAGAUGGCUCGAAAUGUUCUAUCCUUUAUUACAAACCUAUUUUCUAAAGAAGAGGAAAAUAACGAAGAAGAAGAAGAUAUUAAGGCGGCCGAGGAAUUGGCGAUGAGAAAAUUUCGGCAGAAUAUUGCAAAUUAUCGCGCACAGUCCUUUAACGUUCGAAAAGCUCCAAUGUUUGACUACGUAAAGUGGAUGCAAAAGAACAAUGUUAGAACUGAAGGAUCACCUGAUGAAUACAUACUCCAAGCUUCUGCCUUGGCUCCAUACGUUAGAACUACCUUACAUACUGGCUGUUUGGGAGAAGAAGAAAGAAAAUGGGCUAAAUUAACUGGUGUUGCAUAUGAAGAAAGUAUAACGAAAUCUGCUCAUCAUCAUCAUUUGACAAGCUUGUCAGCUAGCUUAAGAGCUAGUCGAUCAAGCAGAAAUAGACUUGGUUGA